AAUCAUCUCCACUUUUCCACCAUUUAUCAUCUUCUCUCUCUACGAGCGACCAAAUUUCUCAAAUUCUUUAUUCGUUUUCUCGAAGCUUCAUCGAGAUCGCGAGGCCACAGGCCUCCACCGACACCCAAAUCGCAAUUUCCCGCCGAUUGUUGCUCGGAAAUUUCGCCGAUUGAGGCAUCAGAUUCUGUAAUCCGAUCGAUUACAGGGCUGAAGUGGUUGAAUUUGGAAAUUUAGUCGCAUGAACUGGUUCGGGAAGCUGGGUUUAUUCUCGAAUUUGAAUUCUGAUCACUUCAUUACUUGUUUGUUAAUUUUCAUCCUCCAUUUUUCACCUCAAUUCCGUUCUUCUCUGUUUCAAUUUGAGAAGAACCCUCUGGAGUGGUCAUUAAUUAAUAUUAAUAGUAAUCGCAAUCCUAGUAGUGGAAUAUCUACACAAUAUGGAGUCUCGAAAGAGUAAUCCCCAGAUACGCAGAGCUCUUUGCUAUGCAAACGUUAACGGGCAGCAGGAGAGGUCACCAUCUGUUAUUGUCAUUGGCGGUGGUAUGGCUGGAGUUGCUGCUGCUCGGGCACUUCAUGAUGCCUCAUUUCAGGUUGUUCUCUUGGAGUCACGGGAAAGAUUGGGAGGCCGAAUUCACACUAAUUACUCAUUUGGCUUUCCUGUUGACCUGGGCGCAUCAUGGUUGCACGGAGUGUGCCAAGAGAAUCCACUGGCUCCAGUGAUUGGGAGGCUGGGACUUCCUUUGUAUCGAACUAGUGGGGAUAACUCUGUCCUAUAUGACCAUGAUUUGGAAAGCUACGCUCUCUUUGAUAUGGAUGGAAAUCAAGUUCCCCAAGAAUUAGUCAAACAAGUUGGUGAAGCAUUUGAGACCAUUUUGCAGGAGACAGAUAAUGUAAGGAAGGAAUUCAGUGCAGAUAUGUCUGUGCUCCGUGCUCUUUCAACUGUUUUUGAAAGAAAGCCUGAAUUAAGGUUGGAGGGGCUUGCCCACAAGGUACUUCAGUGGUAUUUAUGCAGAAUGGAGGGUUGGUUUGCUGCAGAUGCUGAUACCAUAUCAUUGAAAUGUUGGGAUGAGGAAGUUCUGCUCCCUGGUGGCCAUGGUCUCAUGGUUAGGGGCUAUCUGCCUGUUAUACAUACCCUCGCCAAGGGUCUUGACAUUCGCUUGGGACACAGGGUCACAAAAAUAACAAGGCGAUACAACGGAGUAAAGGUGACAGUGGAAAAUGGGGAAACAUUUGCUGCAGAUGCUGCUGUUAUUACUGUUCCUCUUGGGGUGCUCAAAUCAAAGAGAAUCAAGUUUGAGCCCAAGCUCCCUGACUGGAAAGAAGCUGCCAUUGCUGAUCUAGGGGUGGGGAUUGAAAAUAAAAUAAUCUUGCACUUUGAAAAUGUUUUCUGGCCGAACGUGGAGUUCUUGGGAGUAGUUGCAGAGACAUCUUAUGGAUGCAGCUACUUCCUUAAUCUCCACAAGGCGGCAGGUCAUCCUGUCCUUGUUUACAUGCCUGCUGGGCAGCUAGCAAGAGACAUUGAGAAGAUGUCUGAUGAAGCAGCUGCAAACUUUGCCUUCACGCAACUCCAGAGGAUCCUUCCAGAAGCAUCUUCACCGAUUCAGUAUCUUGUGUCUCGGUGGGGCACAGACAUUGACUCACUAGGGUCUUAUAGCUAUGAUGUGGUUGGAAAACCCCAUGAACUGUAUGAGAGGUUAAGAGUCCCGGUAGACAACUUAUUCUUCGCUGGGGAAGCCACUAGCUUUAGCUACCCUGGGUCUGUGCACGGCGCAUAUUCUACUGGAAUGAUGGCUGCUGAAGACUGCAGGAUGCGGGUUCUGGAACGUUAUGGGGAGCUAGAUUUGUUCCAGCCGGUGAUGGGCGAAGAGUCAUCGAUGUCCAUCCCACUUCUGAUCUCUCGUAUGUAAACUUGGGGUUACGCCUUGAGUGGAUAAUUUUAUGCACACAAACAAAUCCUACAUCAGAAGUUGGCGAACACUCCAGUUCUGUUGUGAUUACCCUGAUUUUGAGAGGGGGAAAAACGUGUCUGUUGGUGUUCCUUGUUCCGUGGUAUUGUGCGGUCCGUUUGUGAGUCUUAAUAGCUGUGACCUGGUAAAAUAUUGUAUAUGGAUGGAUCCGCCAGGUCUUGGGAUUCCUGGAAUACGGGUUAUGGCUCAUGGAAAACUCAGAAAUGCAUCUUUUGUUUCAUGAUGUAGCUGUGUUUCUGACAUUUUAGAACAUAUAAACUGUUAUUUAUAAAUGAGGUUUUCGUCCUA